AUGAUGACAAACAUAACCAGAGUGAGUGGUUUCCUCCUCCUGGGGUUCUCUGACAACCGGGAGCUGCAGAUCCUACACGCUUUGCUCUUCUUGGUGUUGUACUUGUUGGGCUUGGCAGGUAAUUUCAUCAUCAUCACCAUCACAAUGCUGGACCCACAGCUCCAAUCUCCAAUGUAUUACUUCCUGAAGCACCUUUCCUUUCUGGACUUCUCCUCCCUGUCUGUCACUGUUUCGCAGUCUAUCCACAGUUCCCUGACUGACAGUGGAUACAUUUCCUAUGCACAGUGUGUGCUGCAGGUUUUCUUCUUCAUGUCCUUGGCCUGGGCUGAGGUGGCCAUUCUCACAGUGAUGUCCUAUGACCGCUAUGUGGCCAUCUGCCUCCCACUGCACUAUGAAAUCAUCAUGGAUCCCAGAAAAUGUGGAUGGGCUGUGGCAGCUGUGUGGUUAAGUGGUGGCAUCUCGGGCAUCUUGUACACAACAACUACAUUUUCUAUCAGAUUCUGUAAAGUUAAAAUAAUCCACCAGUUCUUCUGUGAUAUCCCACAAUUGCUCAAGCUUUCCUGCUCCAGUGAUUACCUUGGAAUUGUUGGAGUGGUUGCCUUCAUGUCUACAAUGGCAUUUGUCUGCUUCAUCGCCAUCGCCCUCUCCUAUGUCCACAUAUUCUCCACAGUCCUCAGGAUGCCCUCUGCUGAAGGUCGGUCUAAGGUCUUCUCCACCUGCCUGCCGCACCUCUGUGUUGUAUCACUUUUUCUCUCCACUGGAGCCUUUGUCUAUCUAAAGCCAACCUCAGACUCUCCAACUAUCUUUGACCUCAUGCUCUCUUUGUUUUACACAGUACUUACCCCAACCCUCAACCCUGUUAUCUACAGUCUGAGGAAUGAGGCCAUGAAGGGGGCUGUAAGGAAGUUACUGUUGAGUAGAGGAUUCGCAAAGAAAAAGUAA